UUCACCUUGAUCAACUAGACUUUCCUGUCUGUUGGGAUUCCAUGUUGAGUCGUGUCUUUUACUCUGACCGAGUCUACCAAGUGCACAGAUGCACAUGGCAAUGAAUUAAUUUUCUGAUUAUUUCUCAUUUACCGUGAAAAGAUGUCCCUUGAAAUCCUAUUUACUUAAAACUUUAGAUCAUGUGAAAUCGACAAAGAAAAGGUGCAGCCAAGAUGGGAAUCAAAUCAUUGCAGGAUUACCUCGAAAGCCAGUGUUCUUCGGCAUGUGUGUCGGUCGAUUUGCUAAAAAUUGCACGGGGGUUUGUGCCGAAAAGGCGUGGCAGACAUGGCGGCUCAUCACGAUUUUGUCUUGUAGUGGAUGCUGAAAGUUGUUUAGAUCGUCUCUAUGGGGGGUAUUACUCAGAUUGGGUCUGUGGUGGACAGUGGAAUCGGAUGACAGCCUUCCUUACGAACCUCGUGCAAGCUUGUCACAAUGCCAACAUGGAACUAAUUGUCUUCUUCAAUGGGGGACUCGAAACAGAACGAUUAUCUGAUUGGUUUGCAGAUCAAAUAAACCAGAAAAAGAAAGUACAUUCAAUUUUGAGACAUUUACAUAAUAAAGGAACACCGCCUCCUAAAGUUUGGUGGAUGCCACCCGUUUUCCUGAAAGGCAGCUUGAGAAUGGCUUUACGACAUCUCAAUGUGACAGUUGCCUGUUCCAUGGAUGAUCACUUCCAGGAAGUCAUAGGUUUCUGCCGAGAACAUAAUUUACAAGGAAUCAUUGCGCAAGAACCAGUUUAUGCCAUAUUUGAUCCACCCCGUUACUUCUCUUCAAAUAAUUUGAAACUCACCUAUAAAGGAUCCCUGGAAACAAAAGAAUAUAUAAUGGAUGAAAUUGCUAAAUGUUUAGAUUUAAAUCCAAAUAGAUUUUGUGUAUUUGCAGCAUUGUUAGGAAACCAUGUUUUACCGGAAGAGGAUAUGUAUGAUUUUUUCCGUGAACAGUUGAAUAAUUGCCGUGGUAGUGAUGGAAAACCACUGAAGAUAUCCCCUGAAAAUGUUAUUUUGGCUGUUGUUACUUUUGUUCGCCAAUUACCAGCCACAGAUGAUCUUGAUAUUAUUGGUGACCUAGUUUUUAAAAAUGCCAAGGGCAAUAAGAACGAGCUAAUUUUAAAGUUUAAACAAAGUGUACAAUAUUAUUUAAAUGGCACCCAUGAAGGCUUUCUUAAAUAUAAACCUAGACCCACAGUGUCAACUGAUGGUCAACUUGGAGGUUAUCCAAGACCAGAUGUACAACAAAAAUCCCAGGAUGUUGGAGGGUAUGUUAAUACAUUAAACCCAAAUGCUCCAGAUAUUCUAAGCAACAACACCAAUAAGAAUAUAUUAAAUGGUUUAGAUGAUGGUUUAGAGUCACGGUUAGCAGAAUUAAGUCUUACAGAUAAUAGAAAUUCACACCCAAGCGCAGGUGAUGCUUCUGCACCCUUAAUGUCUACUUAUAAUAAUAUAUCCAAAUCUAAAAAACCCACAGGACCUAAAUUACCUACAGUUACACCUGAAAUAAUACGUAUAGCCAGUGAAAGACAUCAGAAGGGUUUGAUGUGUUCAUGGAUUUAUCAACUCUUAUCACAGGGAGAACUCAAGCUACCAGUUGUCCUUGAAGAUGAUACCAAUCGUGAAUUGCCGUCAUAUAUAGAUUUAUAUCGUCCAAUUAGACAGACAGUUUAUUCUGUUCUUUUUAAUUUAAAUAAGACAAAGAUUAUACAUGAAACAUCGGACAAAGAAAAGGGAGAUGGUAAAUGUUUUGAUAUACCAGUGAAAGAGUGGGUUAUUAGACGAGGGACAACCAGACCCAGCUUUGAACUUGUCAUUGCCAAACCUGUGGAUUGGAAGACUCCUAGUAUUGAGCGUAUGUGGCUUGGACAGAAUGCUGAUGAUAAAAACCGUCGUUUGCGAGCUUUCUUGACAUGUAUGCAGAGUGAUUCACCUCUGAUGUUUAAUACAAACUAUGUUCCACAGCCUUUACUAGUCAUGUGCUGUGUUCUAAGGUAUAUUGUUCAGUUUGGCCGAGUACUACAGAGACAAGAAUUAGAUGCUUUCCUAGCAAUGGCUGUUUCACCACUAUUAGUUGAUGUACAGACCAUGCAGGAUUUAAAAUUACCUGCUAUACAUCCAAGAGGUAUUCAGCUAGCUUCCCUCUUCAUGUCUGGUGUAGAGACGGCUAUCUUUGCUAAUGAUGUUUGUGGUGCUCCAAUACCAUGGAGCAUGAGUUGCCCAUGGCUGUUUUUUGAUGGAAAAUUGUUCCAUUUUAAACUUCUAAAAGCCAAUAACAACACUCCACUUAUUGAUAUGUGUGAUGGACAGGUUGAUCAAGUGUUACGAGUUGAAAGAAUGCGUCAAGCCAUCUUAGAAAAUAUCCGUGCAGAAUUUGCCAAACCCCUUCUUCCAGCAUCUAUGUAUAAUCCAUAUUCUCAAGCUCCAUACCAAGGUUACCCUCCCUUCCCCCAGGGUGGUCCUGUCAACUACCGCCCAGCAGGUGCUCCAAGAAUGCCCUAUGGUCGAGGUGGUUACCCCCACCCAUUAAUUGGUGGACAACCAGGUUACUCCCCUUCCUCUCCGCCUCAAAGGUCUCCAGGUCGAGGAAGAGGAUUACUAGGUCGUUCACCAGUAGAUGCUAGAGGUGGACAGUUAGAAAUUGCUGGAGUUGUUGUAGGAAGUUGGGGAGCUAAUGUGUCUGGCCAAAGACGAGGACGUUCAGGUGGUCCCUCCCCACAAAUAAUGUCAGUGGGUGGACCUCGCAGGGGUUAUUUGCCAAACCGUCCAAUAAGAGGACGACCAUCUCUGUAUGCUGCUAGAGGUUACAGACCACAGUAUUAUGAAUAUUAUGAAAACCAAAGAGGAUAUGAUUUCUAUGAAGGUCCACCAGCACCAAGAGGGUAUCCACGUAUGACACGUCCUGUCAGAAGACCUGCCAUUAAAUAUAGAGCUAGAGCUGCUAAAGGCAAACCAGCCAAACACACACCAAAAGGUCGUGGGGUCACAGUUGAUGUUUCUAAUGAUGAGAAUGGAGCAGCAGAAGAUGAGGGAGCAGCAACUGAAGAUAUUGUUGGAAUAACUGAGGAUACAAUUGGAGUUUUCUCAGAUGCUGAUGAGGCUACUGGAGCUAUUAAUAAAUUUAGUUCUGAGGAUACUUUUGACAAACCUGGAGAGGCAGCUGGAGCUCAAUUUAAUGACCUUGCUUAAAUUUUUCUGAUGAAGUCUCAAAUCGACCAAAAUUUCUUUCUUAAUCAUUUAAUCAGAUUCUAUAUUGGCUAUCAACAUUUUAGAAAUAUACAAUUAAAAACGCUCAAAUAAGCUAUUCUAUUAUUCAAUAAAUUUAGUCAAUGAUACCCCCACCCCACCACAUGAGCAUUGACCAGGUCAUAUACUAACUAGGUAAUUGAUCAGACCUAGUCAAUUUAGGCCCAUUGUGUCCUCGAUCCAUAUUGUACGAUUUGAUUUGUUUACUUGACGAUAAGUGCAUUAAUAGAAGUUGAUAGCCAGUAACACCUAAAAUUCAGACAGAGACCUAUGGUUGUUAUGUUUAUGAUUGUUUUAUUAUUUAUACACAAAAUUCUGAGUCUCAUGUUAUGAGUCAUAAGGGAACACAAACCCUUGAAAAUUAUCUUAUUUCACAAAUUGAAAAAAAAACCAACCCUCAAACCCUGAAGCUGUGUUAGUUUAGUAGAAAAGUGGUGUCUUAAUAGCCCCUUUGUUUGUUGUUAUACAUGUAACUAGACAAUUCAUCCCAGCCAAAUCUUACAUCUUAGAUUCUGAAUAAAAUGGCUUCCAGAAGAAAGGAGGAUAACUCUUAAUGUGUAGCUGUGAACAACACAACUAGUUUUCUAUUUGUUGUCAAAGUGUUUCGAACACAUACAAUUUUUGACGACGGGCGACAAAGUGUGAUAUCUUGUUAAUAAUACAAAACAAAAGACGCUAAAUGACCAAGGAUAUUAAAUUGAUCGAAGACAUUUAAUUAUAAAAGUGCUCGAUAAAAAAAAGUCAUCCGUUGUUUUUAAGGGCAUUAUUUAUAUUGUAUUGCUCGGUGAAAACAACUUUAUAUAAGUGCUACAUAAACUAAUGAAAGUGACAUUAGUCUAGUGAAAACAUUGCCGUUAUAUGCAUUUACAUUUAAUAUGUUGUCAGUGUUAUGACAUCAUGUGUGUGGGCAUCAUGCCGUGCUAUCAAGUUGUGAUCCUUCAUUUGGAUGCCAAAGAAGAAUUAAAUGGUGAAGCCACCUGUCAACAAUGAACUUAUGUAUGUAUGAGGGAGAAUGUAUGCUUGAUAUAUUUUUGACAGAUUUUUUAUUAAAUGGUAAAUAAAAUGAGAAAUGUAUAUUUUUGUACAUUUCAUAUUUGUUUUUGUUAUUAUAACACCAUCAAAAAAUAUUGGGCAGGUACACAGAAAGUGAUGGAAUGGUUUUGGGCAGCAAGUCUUGAAUAAAAAAGGAAGAAUUAAGAAUUUCAAUUUGUGUGGAUCUAUCGUCAUUUAUUUACUAACUUAUCAGCAUUUAUUUUUAGAAUCAUUAACAAGUUUCUAUGAGCAAGUAUCAUUUUUGUUGAAACAUUGAUCUGGCUUUGUAAUUAUUGUGUUCUAAGAGUUUCAGUAAGACUUAACAUACUUUAUGCAUAUAGUUAUUCAUUUAUUUAAAAACAAAAAGAUCAUAGAUAUGAUAGAGUAAAGUAGUUUAGUAAUUAAGAUUAUUAAUGAAUGAUAGAGAUACAUAUAUUUUUAAGCGGAUUUAAAAGGAGAACUUUUGCCAGAGUGAAUAAAACUAAACAGUUAUGUAGAAUUUAUAUCUCCAAAGUCACAAUGUUUAGUACAAAUAUCCAAAGUUUGAAUUGGAGAUAAUAGAAGCUCUUCUUUUAAAAUCAUUGGAUAUAGAGAAUAUUAUAAUUUGUAAAGAUACUUGAUUUAUUGCCAUCUUAUCUACCAGUAAUUGCUGUAAUUGAAAUGAUCGGGUUUUGUAAUUGACCCCGGUCAGUGCAUAACUUUAAUGACGAAGAUAGCAGAAUUGAAAUGUUAUGUUUCCAAAUUCAAGGAGACAAUAUGUGAUUGUAUACAUAAUGAAUAGAUUCUACUGUGUUAUAUUAAAGAAAAAAGAUAUAAGUUUGAAUUCUUGUAAAGAAUUAAGGAAGGAAAGUAAAGAGUAUAAUUAAGAGAACAAAAUCUAUGUUAGGAAAAAAAACCCUCUUUAUAAUUUAAAGUUUGAAAGCAUCUUUUAAAAAACUUUGCAAAUAUGAAAUGCAACAAAAGGAAUUGUAAGACGAUAGGAAAAAACACAAAAAAUCUGUAAUAAGUGAAGGGAAUUAUGAAAAACUCUUUUUUUAUGUGUAACUUCAUCCUUGGGUUAAACAACCAAGUCGAUAGGUGUGUUAUAAUUAUUGAGAGAGGCCAAAGAAUUCUUUAAAAUAAGAACUUGUGCGUUACAUCAAGGUAGAUAAAAAUAUAUAAAUCACCAAUGUAUUUGGUUGAUAACUUUCUAAUGAACAAGUUCCACGUUGACUUUGUUCUGUAAGGAUGCUUUGCAGUUUAAAUACUGGCAUAUAAGACGUCGUUACUCUUUUCACAAUUAGAUUGACAUGUUUAUUAUAAUGAGUUGAUAUAUAUAAUAAUUAAAUGUUUUAGUUCUAAACAAUCUUUUUUUUCUUUUUUUUUUUGUGGUGAUUAAUUAAUGUAAUACUAAUGAAUGAAAUAAGUAAUUAAUAAAAUUGUUGGUAUAGUAUAGUUACGUCUUAAAAAGCAGUUUUGGGCUUUUUUGUGACUUGAUAAAAAUAUUUAAAAAAAAAAUGGUAAAAAAAAACUGAGGGAACUCAAAGGUCGAGUUACUAUAAAGGUUUGAUAAAUGUUUUAAAAAUUGAUGAAUUGAAUUAUUAUUGAUAUUAAAUUGUAUAGUAAGUAAACUUAUUUAGAAAAAUUCACAGGUUUUAUUCUUGAAGUUAAAGCUCAUUGUUUACAUUGAUCAGUAAUUUUUUAGAAUUAAGUCCUGUUUAUUUUCUCCCCAAAUAAAACAAUUAUAUCCUAUUCAUGGUUUUUUGAUGUCAUUAGUAUGAUUAUAUAACAAAUAAGCGUAAAUUUAUAACUAGUUUAUUAUGAUAUUAUAAUUAUUAAAAGAUUAAUAUAAGUAAACUUUAUGUUUAGAAUGAAAAGAUCUUAAUCUUUCAAGUGUUAAAUUAUGAUUUAUGUUAAAGAUAAUUUUCAAUUUAUAUUUUGUGCUUGGCUAAACAGUUUUAAUUUAAUUGAACUACGCCACAUAGUGCACCAAAGGCAUGAUAUUUCCCCAUUCAUAUAACACUUGUAUAUCAAGGGGAAAAUAGUUAUUGAGAAAUACAACAUGAGCAUGAAUUUAUUAGCCUUACUUUUGUGGUAUGACGUAGGUUAAAUUAAGUUUUAAUAAAAAAUUUAUUUUGAAAGCAUGAUUUUUGACUUUGAUUGGAAGGGUUGGUGCGAUACCGGAAAUAUUCAUUUAAUGUUCUCAUUGAGGUUUUUCAAAAAUGAAUAGAAUAUUUAGCAGAUAUAUGAACAACCUUUGGUACUGAAAUCGGAUAUGUUCUCUGUUAUCAAACUAUCUGGUCCGGUAUUCUCUUAACCCCUUCAAAAAUAUGUAAUGUCUUUUCUAAUUGUGAGCAUGAUUUAAUAUUAUUGUAAUGAUUAUUACGAUAAGUAAGUCUUUGUAUAAGUUUUAAAUGCCUUUAUUAAAAUGUCAUGUAUAAAUAUGUUUAUGAAGACAUGCAAAAAUGCUUAUCAAAAAUGAAAAUACUUUUCGAACAAUCCAGUAGUUUUUAAGGAUGUUUUCAUUUUUGAAAAGCAUUAUUGGAAGUCAGAUUCUGUAUUUUUUGAGCACAAGGUUUCUAAAUUGUGCAUGCUAAAAUGUCUUUAUUAGAUGAUAAAAGCUUGAACCAAACGUUGAUAAUAUUUCUUACUGGAAAUAAAUUUAAAGUGUCUCUGCUACACAAAUGUGUUUAACAUUUUGCCAAAAUGCUAGUUCCUUGCACUGAACACAAUAAAAGACACUGCACUUUCAUUAGUAGCGCACAAUAUAGAGUUUAAUUCCAGAAUUAUUAAUAUAAGGUUCAAACUCUGAACUGAGCUGAUUUCUUUUAAAAAAAAAAAAGAGCAUGAACUAUUUUAGUUUUAUCAAUCUGGUUAGUCCAUGUAUAUUAUAUUAGUAAGAACUUUUUUUCACCUUUAUUUUGAAUAAUUGAUGUAAUUUGAUUAUCUAUAAGAAUACACUUGCAUGUAUACAUUCUUGUUAUUCUAUGUAUUUUAUUGCUAACUAUACGUUAUUCUACGUUCCCUGUGCUCUGUGUGUCGUUAGAUUUUUUACGAAAUUCCUCAGUUCCAAUCCAGUGUGAUAGACAGUUCUACACAUUUGGUCAGGAUCAACACAGAACCUACCUACCUUUAGGUGAGGAGAAUAUUUUCUGGUUACUCAGAGAACAUGGGAAUGUAGAAUGAUUUCAAAAAUUAGGUCAGUAAUUAGGUUGAAAUAUAUUUAUUUGCUGCAGAGCAUUGUUGUAUUGAAAAAUAGUUAAGUCAUAUUGUAUUAAAGAACAAUAUUGGUGUUGGCCAUUAUCGCAUAUGUGAUGGAACUGGUUAAUCAUGUUCCAAAUAUAAUUUUAACACAGAGAUCAUUGCAUAACAAAGAUUUGAAGAACUGGAAGUGAGCAAAAAAAUGGAAAACAAGAGUUAUCCUUCUAUAUAACCGACUGAAGGAACAAGUGGUAACAGAUACAUGGCCGAAUUUCUGCUCACUGAUAAUUUCUUGAAAUCUUAGUUACACAUCUAUCGUAGCAAUGAUACCUGUGUUAAAAUUAUAUUUGGAAUGUAUUUAACCAGUUCUAUCACAUAUGUGAUAAUGACUGACAACAAUAUUGUCCUUUAAGUAAUACUACUUGUAAUCAGGUUACAACUUAUAAGAAACUGGCUAUAGACAUUAAGAUGAUUUAUAUUAGAUUAUUAUUAAAUGGAAUACCUCUGUAUUUUAUCCUUUAGGGUUCAUUCCUUGUUUAGGAAAGUUAACAAAUAAUGAGAAAAAGAAAUGUAUACAGUCUAUCUCUACUGGAAUGGACUGACCUUUAAUUAACAACACAAUCUUUGAUUAUUUUAUUACCUAAAAUCUUUAUAUCAAAUGUGUCUAAUAGAUCCUUCCUACCCCUUCACAUGAGUUCUGCACUUGAUCUCUAAAGGUCGCAAAUAUGUAAACUGUACUAGAAGUCAAAUUGAUAUGUAUCUAAUGUUCAAGUCACUGAUUGACAAAUAUAUUUUUUGGACAAUAUCUAUAUUUUUCUUGGCUUGAUCCAGACUAAAAUUGAUUGAAUUAACAUUCAUUUAAGAAAAUUAAAUCAUAUCAAUGUACAUGUAGCUUGUUUUGACCAUAUCCUAUACAUCGUCUACAGUGGAUACCGAAUGUUAACAAAUUGAAUGGAAUUGAACCAUUUUGGACUGCUAUUCCAUUUAGAUACUCAACGUUCACAAUAUUAUGCUUCCAAGGAAUUAAAACCUUUAAAAUGACUAGACUUUCAGAAGCGAUUUGUUUUUGAUAUAAAGAGUUUAUAUUUUAAGAUAAUGAAGAAAAGUGUUUGAUUGGAUAUUUCCUUUAAAUAAAAUAUUAACACUUUAAUUGUUAGUAAUGUUAAUUGGUAUGGCAUGUAUUUGAUAUAUGUAUUGUUUUAUUUUACUAAGGCUGUAAGUGCACACUUUUUUGAUUUUUCAUUUAUAAAUAUUUAUUUCAAGAAGCAAAAAUGUUUUAAGAAAGGCAAGGCAAUGAAAAUAAUUUGGAUUGUAUUGUGAAUGAUAUUUUCAUUUGUAAAAUGGAUAUCAAAUUAAUAACACUCUUAAAAAAGAGAGGGGUAUUCACAUGAGAAUUGUUUCAAAUUUAUUUGUUUGAUUAAGUUUGACAUCUAUAUUAUUAUCAGUGUACAUGUAGGUUUAAUUUCAACAGUUUUACCUGGCAUUGGCAGGUACGAUCUAGAUCUAAUCGUGCUUGUCUUUCAAGGCUAGAGCACUAUAAGGAUGUUAUUGAGAAUUUUUAAUAACCCAAUUUAUCUCUCGUGAACUCCCCAACAGUGGUUAGUUAUAUGCCACUGAGUAAUUUUGUUAAACUCUCUCUAUACUCAUGUUUAGAAUAUUUAAUGGUUUAGCCAUCAGAAAUUAGAAAAGUCUUUUUUUAACAAGCAUUUUAACUUGGGGCAAAUCUCAUGUGAAUUAUCUACCCUUGUGUGCUGCUAAGGUUUAUUAUAUUUUUUAGGUAUUUGAUGAUUUUUCCUUGCUUUGUGUUAUAUUAGUCUAAAAGCCUCUAUAACUUUGCUAAUGUAUAUCUAUGGUAUGUAAUCACAUUAUGAUAUUACUUGUCAUGUUGACCAAAGUGCAUUGCAUCUUCUGGAAUCAAAAUUCAUUUUUGACAAAAAAUACAAAUUUUUUGACAGUGAAAUAGUCUGGAUUUACUAACAGAAUGAAUCUACUAAAGACCAAAGAUCUAACGGUUUUGGAUGUGAAUUUCGUGCAUUCAGUUUCAAGUGCUUUAUUUUAUUGCAAUCGGAUUAAAACACAGAUCCUAUUUUGUUUCGUUUUUUAUAGUUCAAAAUUUCGUUUUACUUGUCUUUACGACUCUAGGAACUGGAAGAGUUGUUAUAUGACCCGCAUUCUGGAUGAUGUGAGGGAUUAGCCAAUGAAACGGUCUGUUACGGCAAGUUUUUGGCGUGAUGUGCAAGGAACUUUGGGUAAACCACUAGGAACGUUAAUUCUGAUUGAUUAAUCAAUGUCUGACGUCGUAUGAUCAAAAUCCACUUAUAUGACACCUGACGCGACCUUCAAUUACAGCUGGUCAAAUAUUCAUGUAGUGUAGGCCAUCAGAAGUAUAAAAAAAAAAACCGAGACAAAAUGUAGAUCUGUAUUUUAAUCAGAUUUGAUUUUAUUGGAAUGUUAAUUAAACUUCACUCAGACUUUUUGGGCAUUUUUAGUUUGUCUUUUUAAGACAUACAUUUAAUUGGUGUCAAAAAUACUUUAAUAGUUGUCCUAAAUGAAGCUUGACAAUAAUUAGAACAGUGGUCAAGCACAAGUUAACUCUUCGAGAAAAAAGUAAUGGAAAAUAAAUCUGAAUUUAUCGAGUCAUCAAAUAGUAAAUGCAGACAUUUCAUUGACUUAUUCGAGACAUCAAAAUCAUGAAGGAAUAUUUACCAGAAAAGACAGAAUUAUGAAAGGAAAACAGAUCUAUACCUUUGAUAUGGACUAUUAAAUGUCCAGGAAUCGAUACUAAAUUAAAUUUGAAAGAUAUUGUGCUUGAAUCUAUAAAGGUACACACAAAUUUAAAAAUUUUAAAACGAUUUGAUCUUUUUCUUUCUGGACAAAUAUUCCCCAAUGUAGUUAAUAAUAAAUUGUAAUUCAUUUAAUCAUGCACUUUGGUCCAUUGGAUUAUUUCUUAUGAAUAAUAUCCAAUUAGUUAUGAUUUUUAAAUUAGUUAGAUCCAAUGUGUUAGGGAUAAUGGAUAGUACCGUAUAUAGUGACGUCUUACAAAUAUAUUAAACCUAUAUAAACUACAUAUAUAAAUAUAUUUAUUCCACUGUUCGGUUUUUCUAAAAGGUUUUGUCUUUAUAAUAUCUUUAAUAUGAUGGUAAAUUUAACACAGAAAAAAAAUAUUUACAGAUAUCUUUAUUAAGAUAAGAAAACAUAGAGAUAUGAUAAUGUUCGUCUCUGUUCUUUAUAAUGUUAAAUUUCUGUCAUAUAUAUUUUUUUCUGGUAUAACUCCUACUGUAUUAUCAGUUCGGAAAGGUUUCAAGAUUAUAAAAUCGGUAAAUAAUUACUACAUGAUGAAGUGGAAGGUUACGCCCAGGUUUUGAAGUAAACAGGAGUAUGGUUUUGUCUGUUAUUGAAUAAAUGUUGUUUUGUGGUGAAA